AUGGUUGCUAGAACCCGUUCCAGGGCCAACGGUGCCGUGGUUGAAACUAUCAAGAUUGAGUCGAGCGAACUGGUGGCAAAAGUCAAGAAAACAUCCGCUCCCAGGGCCAAGAAGAAGGCAGUCUCCAAGCCGUACAUCGAGGACGUAUUGGGUCAUAUCGUCAUCCCAGAGGACCACAGUCUUCCCCAGAGCUUUGUGGACUUCCACACUCCCGAAUUUGUCAAGGGGAUUCAGCACAUCGUAGCCAUUGACCCCUCGCUCUACCCGGUUAUCGUGCACAAGAACUUCACCCAUUUCCAGCGUCAAUCAGUACCACAGUUGAGUGACGAGGACCUCAUAGUUUCGUACUGGUACUCGCUAAUCACAGGAGUAUUGGCACAGCAAGUUAGUGGGGCGUCAGCCAAGGCAGUGGAGCUCAAGUUCAGGGCUCUUUUUGGAGACCUCAAGAUCAACGCCCACAAUACCUUGAAGCUCACCUACGACCAGUUGAAGUCGGCUGGGUUUUCGAGCCAGAAACUCAACUACACCCUCCACAUCAGCCAGGUGUUCGAUGACCCCACUUCGAACCUUGUCAAAACGCAGUUCUACGACGAGAGUCUGUUGGAGGAGAUUGUCGAGGAAUUGGUCAAGUUGAAGGGAAUCGGAAUGUGGUCAGCCAAGAUGUUUGCGUUGUUCACACUCCGUGAUCUCGACGUUUUUACCUACGAUGAUUUGGGAGUUGCCAGAGGGGUGGCUCGAUACUUGGGCAGACGGCCCCAGCUUCUCAAGGAAAUCAAGACGCACGUACAUUCUAGCGAAGAGUUGAGGGCAUUAUUAAAGAAGAGAUCCAAGUUCGAGAAGAAGGAUUCCCGUCGCGACUGGGUUCCACUUCACGAUGAGUACGUCAAGCAGGUGGGGUUGCGGUUCAGCCCCUACCAGUCGCCGUGGAUGCUUGUUUUGUGGCGAUUGGGGUCUACCAAUAUCGAGAUCCUAGAGAAUUCCAGUGUACGAAGCGAGGCCAGCUCCUAG